AGUGUUUGCGCUUAUCCAUAUACACACACACAAUAGCACCCCCUCUCGCUCAGUUUUUUCAUUUGCGCUUGCUCGCAAUGUGUUGCUUGCGCUCACAACAUUCUCUGCUGCGAGCGCUCAACUCUCUGUACACCGUUAUAAGUGUGCCACAAAACCAACCAAUCACAGACUUGGUUUCAAAAAUUCUGAUUGGCUCUUACAGUCUCCAAUCAGCUCGCUAGCUGCUGCAUUCCGGAAACAGUCCGAAAUGUAGCUAAAUCCAGCUAAACUCAAUUAAACCCCAAUUUGCGGAUAAUAUCUUUAAUUAUUUUAUUUUAAAAUAUAUUAUUUGUUAAGACUAUCGUUGGUGUAGUAUAAUGUAGUUGCAUUAUACAACCAUGCCAACUGACUCUCCAAAUUAUAUUUGAGUAGCUCUCUUUUAUGUCGUCGAAUACUGAACAGCAGCACGAAAACAACAUGUCCCGGCCACAUGACAUACUGAGACAGCAAAUGAUGCAUAGACUCCUCUCUAAACUGGAAGCUGCUUUAAACCAACAACCACUAAAUCUGGAUUAUUUGGAGUUCUUGACUCGUCAUGAGCUUGUUCUGUUUGAAUCUUUCUCUCAGCAAAUAGGUGGUCUGUCAGAGAUUACAGAGGCUCUACAAAAUGUUCAUCAUCUGGUUCAGUGUGAAAUUAACAUCACCUCUGUGGGAAUUAUUGAACUGGAAACAGAAGUUGGUCUGGGACCUGGCCACCCCAAAAUCGUACUAGAGAGAGAAAAACUGAAGAACUUGUUGGACACUCAGCUGCCAGUCAGCUGCAUCGCUAAAUGUCUUGGUGUUUCAAGAAGAACAAUCUUCAGGAGGAUGCAAGAAUUUGACUUGUCUGUGAGAGGAACAUACAGCACAAUGAAUGACCAAGAGCUGGACAACAUCAUAUCGACUAUCAAAAAUCAGAUGCCAAAUGCUGGCUAUCGAAUGGUUCAAGGACAUUUGGUUUCUAUGGGUCUCCGUGUUCAGUGGUGGAGAAUGAUGGCCUCCAUGCAUCGAGUUGAUGCUGUUGGGAUCUUCACACGGAUUACAGAACUAGGCUGUGUUGUGCGAAGAAGCUACUCGGUGCGAGGCCCUCUCUCCCUUGUCCACAUAGACACAAAUCACAAGCUAAUAAGGUACAAUGUUGUGAUCUUUGGUGGAGUGGAUGGCUACUCAAGGAAGGUCCUGUACUUGGAUGCAGCAACUAACAACAGGGCAAAAACUGCAUUCUCAUUUUUCCUGAGAUCAGCCCAGCUUCACGGCUUGCCAUCAAGGGUUAGGGCAGAUCAAGGAGUAGAAAACCUGGACAUUGCACAUUUCAUGUUUGCCACAAGAGGAACAGGGAGAGCGAGUUUCAUAUCUGGAAAGAGUGUCCACAAUCAGAGAGUAGAACGACUUUGGCGUGAUGUCUAGAUUGCAGUCACUAGCAAGUACCAUGAUGUUCUUCACUCACUUGAGGAGGAUGGCCUGCUUGACAUUUCAGAUGUCAUUCAUCUCUUUGGUGUCCACUACAUCUUUGUCCCUCGACUCCGAGCAGAUCUUGUCACCUUUGUUGGAGGAUGGAAUAAUCAUCCCCUCAGGACAGAAGGUGGUCUCACUCCUGAACAGCUCUGGUGUAUGGGACAUCUACAAGAGCUGGACGACGGCGAGAGACUUGAGGAGCUUCAGGAUCCAGGCAUUGACUGGGAGAGUGCUGUACUGCAAGAAGAAUCUAACAGCACAGUUGUGGUUCCUGAAAUUGAAUGCCCACUGGAUGAGGAAACCCUGGAGGGACUUCAGAGAACAAUUAAUCCCUUGGAACAUUCAGAAUCUUACGGUUGUGACCUGUAUAUACAAUUCUUGCUACUGGUGUCAAACCAACAGUGACACUUAAGAUGGACGUGAAAGUCAACGCUCUUUUGUUCUCAAAUACUGGAUUUCUUUGUUGAAAGAUUACAGAUUACAAUUCAGAUUACAAGUAGACAAUCAAACAAAGCACUUGCUUAUUAUCUAUCAACGUAGGACCCUACACAAAGUUUUGAAGUCUUAUCAUUUUCAUGAAACAGCUACGAACAUCUUAACAGCUAAUGUUUAGAAACAUUUUACUCAUUUAGUUUCCAAAUUACAAGACAACAAUGUGUUAAACUCUGUGGAAUCCACCACCAUAUCUAACUGCUGCACUCAUUAUGGUUUUAAACAUUGUGUAAGUGUCCAGAUGCUGCACUGGAAAAGUCACAGUACAAGUGCAUGCACUCACAACUGGGUAACAAAUUGAGUGAUCUCCCAGCCGCUCCUUACAUUCGUGGUCAAA